AUGUUCCCUUCGAUUCUGACUUUCUUUAUCCUUCUCAGAUUGAUUGCUGACUUUCCCAUAUCUCAUUCUCUCCAUGAACGACAAUUUCUAGCAGAACCUCUUUUGGUUCUAAAUGAGUGCAACGACACAUGUGGAGAGCUCAAAAUCCCAUUUCCAUUUCACUUGAACUCUUCUUGUGGGGUGGUGGUCUCUAAUGCUUUUCAACUCUCUUGUGUGAAUUCAACAUCCCUUUUUCUCAACAUCGGUUCUCAAAAGUAUAGAGUGCUUGAAUUCUACUCGGAUGGUUUACUGGUGAACUUUCCUGGACCAGGUUCAUCUUCAUGUCGUCAGUACAAUGAUCUCAACUCCUUUGGUUUUGAGAAAAACGACAACUUUGCAGUGUCGUCUGAAAAUGUUCUUGGCUUGUAUGAUUGUGAGGACUCUUCUUUGUGUAAAGCCGAAUGUGAAGCCAUUGACUUGCCUGGUUGUGAUGGAAGUGGGAGUAGUUCCCCUGCUUGUUGCUAUCCCUUGUCUGAUCACAGUGUGUGGCGUCUUGGAGAGAAGUUUUCAGUGUUUUCCAAGUUUGGCUGCAGAGGAUUCGCCAGUUGGGUUGUUCUGAGAACCACAACAAACUCAGCAAAGCGCGGGGUUAAGCUGGAAUGGGCGAUUCCAAAGAACUUAUCCAAGGUUGUUUGUGCCACCAAUGCUUAUAUUGCUAAUGCCACGGCAGUCAAAGCAGGGGUGAGGUGUUUGUGUCAAGAUGGAUUUGUUGGAGAUGGCUUUGCAAAAGGGAAAGGGUGCUUAAAAUCAUGCAUUAAAGACAGGAUGGAGGUGUACGGAAAUGACUGCAUCAACAAAAGGCAUAGUGACAAGAAACUUGUAAUUAUAGGUGGAGUUCUUUCUUCUGCUUUCAUCGUUGCCUCUUUCAUUGCACUCUUUUGUCUAAUGAAACGUCCAGUGAAGCCCGGCUCAUUUGGCACCAACCAGUCUCAUUUUCAUAACAGUGUUUCAUUCCGGAAAGCUUGUACAACUCGGCUAUUCGCAUACCAUGAGCUAGAAGAAGCCACAAAAGGGUUCGAAGAGGCUCGGAAACUAGUAGAUGGCACCAAUGGACCAAUGUACGCCGGUGUCCUUGCCGAUGGAUCGCACAUUGCCGUCCACAAAAUACAAUGCGAAAAUGAAAGAGACUUAAUGCAAGUCCUGUCUCAAAUUGAGGUCUUAUCUGCUGUUCUACACCGUAACAUGGCUCGCCUUCUUGGCUGCUGUAUUGACUUGGCCUAUAUGCCACUAGUAGUGUACGAGUACCCUUCUAAUGGCACCUUAGAAGAACAUUUACAUCAAAAGAGAGAGCCAAAAACAGGUCUUGGAUGGCAAAAAAGGCUCAACAUUGCUGCUGAAACAGCUAACAUUCUUUCAUUCCUCCACUAUGAGAUUUCUCCUCCCAUAUUCCACCGUGAUCUCAAACCCGGUUUCAUCUUUCUAGAUGAAAACUUCUCAGUCAAGAUUGCUGGAUUUGGUGUACUAUUCCCAACUCCCCGUGAUUCACUAAAGAGCAGUGAAAGUUUUAGGUUUCAGAAGAAUGAUGUAUGUGAUUUAGGCAUAGUUCUUCUUCAGAUCAUUGCAGGGUCAAAUAGGCUGGACAUACUACCAAACGUGGCCUUACAGAAAAUAAGAACAGGGAAGUUAGAAGAGAUAGUGGAUCCACUUCUUUACUACCAUGAAGAACCGAGCUCUGGUCGAGAGCAGAUUGAGAUAGUUGCAGACUUGGCUACAAGAUGCUUGCUUUUCGGUGGAGAUGGCAAGCUUGGAAUGGUUGACGUGGCCAGAGAACUGGGACACAUCACAAGAGAUGGAGUUGAUGGAGGAGGGAGUAAGAGAGUGCCUGCUUUGGAAGAAACUUUCUCAAACUCAAGCCUUCUUCAGAUGAUAUCCAUGUCUCCUGAUUCAAUACAUCUGCCUUGA